GGCGAUGUUCUGCUGGAAAGUCCUGAUGUUCAUGUAGAUGUUAUUCAGAUGCUACAUACGACCUACAGAAAGACCCCUCUUGAAGCCCGUUCCUGCACAUCCACACUGCAAAUCACUAUUCAGAAACGGUUUGAGGAACAUGACAAAGGUGGUGACCUUUGAAAGAUUCCCCAGAUCAUAAGCCUAUUGAAAAUCUUUCGGGCGUGUUGGAUGAAACCUGUUCCAUGGCUUCACCUCGCAUCUCACAGGACGUACCGUCCUGGUGUCGGAGUCCAGGAUGAAACCAAAUAAGGAAGUGAAGAAUAUUGGGCAGGUGGUUGUAAUGUAAUGGUUGGUUGGUGAAACAAAUGGAGAGCGGGAAAAUAAAUCAAUCCUCCAUGCUGAAGCUUGUGUCUGACGACCUCAGUGUUUAUCUGGACAAAUGUAUAUUUACUUAUUUUAUACUAAAAUGUCAAUUAGUUACUAGCUCGUUACUAGAUACUAGAUUUAAAACAGUAUUUGUGUUUACCGUGUUGUCAACGCACCUAACAUACUUAAUCUACAUACCAGAAGGUGUGUUAAAUAUUCAUCCCAACCCAGAUCAUGUGUGCUGCUUUAAUUGAAUAGUUGUGGGUGUUUCCCUGUGAAACUCGAACACCUGAGUCAUAUGGGAGGAAACAGGUGUGGACACUUUUUUUUUUCUGGAAAUGUUUUUAUUUAUUUUUUUUUUUUCUGGAUGGAAAAAUGUCAUGAGAAGGAAUUUGCGGGUUUGGCCGCCUCUCCAAAGCGGCGUGAUUGAGGUGUUAAACCUGUUUUGUUGGCUGUUGAGGUGCGUUAAAGAUGCCUCUUUUAAAGAACCAAUUGAUCGAGGAGGUAAACAUAGUCGUAGUGCCACUCUGCUCUGUCUGUGGUGGUGCAUCAACAUGGCAAGUUCUGCUCUGAACAUCUGAAACGAAGCUCCACACAAGGUCCUAAGAAAAAGUGUUUGUGUCUGAUUAUAGAGGUGACAGAAAGCGGAUGGACUUUGUGCAGAAUGCAAAUGAACAGCUGUGAUUCUAUUAGAAAAUAAUCAGUUGGCUACAAGACGAUCGAGCAGAACGCAAAUUAUAUUAACUAAGUAGCUUAGGCCUUGCUUUUCCUGUAGAAAUAUGACUAGUCACCGACGGAGCCUGUCUGAGAGCAUCGUACUCGAGGAUAAUGACAAAACAUAUGUGCGUGUCUCUGGAAAUAACCCUGAGGACAGUCACAAAGGAAUUGGAAUUGCUGGUGCCAUGAAGAACGAUGUGAUUGACAUACUGAGACUAAGCAAAAGCUCCAGUAAAAGUUUAGAACAUCUGGAUAGCAACAUCAAAGCUCCAAAUGAGCUUCGUAUGGAUACUUACACCAAGCUUUACAACACCAAGGUCAAGAGGUUUAUGAAAAGAAGCCGAAGAGGAAAAAAACAAGAUGAUGUCAGUGACACUCUAACGGCUCAGCUGAGACAUGGGAGGACUGAUACCCCAGACAUUUCAAGUUUAAUUAAACCUGGUACUAAUUUUAAAAAUGACUCCACAGGGCCAGAGUUUAGUUUCUCAUCCCAAGGUAUGGAUCCAGAAUAUGGUCAUCCUGACAGUUACAUUAAUGGCCUUUCAGUUCCAAACGUGGACUUCCAAUCAGCCAGGGUGAACACGCCCAGGCCUAAGUCUCAUAAAAUAGGGACACCUGACCUCGAUCUCACACGUCCUUACAUUGGGGGAGAAUUCAGUUCUGCAGAGAUCACAACCCCAGAUCUAGAUAGAAUCAACAACCCCAAUUUACAAAUGCCACAUUUCAAUUUUAAAGGUCCAGAUGGUGAUAUUGGCCUCAGCAAUGACAUCAAAGCUCCUGACUUCAAUAUUAACGCUCAAUCGGGAAAACUAAAACGCCCAAAUUUGGAUUACAGACUAAUUCGCCAGGAGGAGAGGUUUAUGACCAAGAUGUUAAACUGAACCUCCCAGAAGCUGAUUGGAGGGCACCAAGUAUCAAGACGCCUGACUUUAACAUCAGUGAUCUAUCAGGAAAACAUAAAAUGCCAAAUCUGAAAGGCCCCAAUAUUAAGGGAAAUGUGGGUUCACCAGACAUGAAUUUUUCUUUCCCUGAAGCAGAUGUGAAAUCCCCUGAUAUUGACAUUGAUGGUCCUACAGGAAAACUGAAAAUGCCCAAAAUAAAACCCCCCAAAUUUGGCCUUUCAGGUUUUAAAGGACCUGACAUUGAUGCCAAAGGAGAACUAGAAAGACCUGAUAUGAGUUGGUCCUCUGAUCAAUUUUAUGCAGAUGUUGAUGUUCCUGACAUAAACAUAGAUGGACACAAAUUUCCAAAUGUGGACAUACCAUCGGGUAAAUCAAAAAUGCCCAAAUUCAAAAUGCCUGAUUUUGGACAUUCAAUACCUAAUGUUGAGACACCUGAGGUGGAUCUCUCUCUGCCAAGAAUGAAAGGAGAUCUGAACUCGCCAAACCUCACAGCCCCAAAUUUAGAUAUUGAUGCCCCUACAGGUAAAAUCAAACUGCCAACAUUUAAAGAACCGAAGGCUGAUAUCGGGUCACCUGACUUCAACAUUAAUGCUCUAUCAGGGAAACUAAAAAUGCCAAAUCUCAAAGGCCCCAACAUUAAGGGAGAUUUAAGUUCACCAGAUAUGAAUUUGGCUUUCCCUGAAGGAGAUAUGAAAGGGCCAAAACUAGAUGUGAAAUCACCUGAUAUUGACAUUGAUGGUCCUACAGGAAAAAUUAAAAUUCCCAAAAUAAAACCGCCAAAAUUUAGCCGUCCAGGUUUUAAAGAAACUGACAUUGACAUGAACGGAGACUUCGAAAGACCCGAUUUUAGUUGGUCCUCUCAUAGCUUUGAUACAGAUGUUAAUGUUCCAGACAUGAACAUAGAUGGACCCAAAAUGGACCUACCAUCCGGUAAAUCAAAAAUGCCCAAAUUCAAGAUGCCUGAAUUUCACUCAGUGCCUAAUAUUAAAGCACCUGAGGCGGAUCUCUCUUUUCCUAAAAUCAAAGGAGCGCUAAACUCACCACACCUCACAGCCCCAGAUGUAGAUGUUGAUGGACCUUCAGGAAAAAUCAAAAUACCUAAAAUGAAAACACCCACAUUUGGCAUGCCUGGUUUGAAAGGACCUGACCUUGAUGUUAAAGGAGACUUGAAAGGACCAGAUUUGAGCAUGUCCUCUCCUAACUUUAAUGCAGAUGUUUCUGCUCCUGACCUGGACAUUGAUGGACCCAAUGCUGCUGUGACACUUCCAGACAUGCACCUACCAUCGAGUAGAGCAAAAACACCCAAAUUUAAAUUUCCUGGUUUUGGACUCUCAGGAUCAAAAGUCAAGACACCUGAGGCAGAUCUUUCACUUCCUAAAAUGAAAGGAGAGCUGAACUCACCAAACCUCAGAGCUCCAGAGUUCGAUGUUGAUGUCCCUACUGGCAAAAUCGAAGGACCAUCCUUUAAAGAACCAAAGUUUAAUCUCAAGUCACCUGAUUUUAAAAUCAAUGCUCCAUCAGGGAAGCUAAAAAUGCCCAAUCUCAAAGGUCCCAACAUCAAAGGAGAUUUAGAUUCACCAGACAUGAAUUUAGCUUUUCCUGAAGGAGAUUUGAAAGGACCGAAACUAGAUAUAAAGUCCCCCAAUUUUGACAUUGAUGGACCUUCAGGAGAAUUCAAAGGACCAACCCUUAAAGAACCAAAGUUUAAUCUCAAGUCACCUGAUUUUAACAUCAAUGCUCCAUCAGGAAAACUGAAAAUGCCAAAUCUUAAAGGUCCUAAGAUUGAGGGAGAUUUAGAUUCACCAGACGUGAAUUUAGCUUUCCCAGAAGGAGAUAUUAAUGGGCCGAAACUAGAUAUGAAGUCCCCUGAUUUUGACAUCGAUGGACCUUCAGGGAAAUUCAAAAUGCCUAAAAUGAAAUCACCAAAAUUCAGCAUGCCUGGUUUGAAAGGACCAGACCUUGGUGUUAAAGGAGGCUUAACAGGGCCAGAUUUGAGCAUGUCCUCUCCUAACUUUGAUGCAGAUGUUUCUGGUCCUGACCUCGACAUUAACAGACCCAAUGCUGGUGUAACACUUCCAAACAUGCACCUACCAUCAGGUAAAGCAAAAACACCCAAGUUUAAAUUGCCUGGUUUUGGACACUCUGGACCAAAAAUCAAGACACCUGAGGCAGAUCUUUCACUUCCUAAAAUGAAAGGAGAGCUGAACUCACCAAACCUCAGAGCUCCAGAGUUCGAUGUUGAUGUCCCUACUGGCAAAAUCAAAGGACCAAACUUUAAAGAACCAAAGUUUAGUCUCAAGUCACCUGAUUUCAAAAUCAAUGCUCCAUCAGGGAAAGUGAAAAUGCCAAAUAUCAAAGGUCCCAACAUCAAAGGAGAUUUAGAUACACCAGACAUGAAUCUGGCUUUACCUGAAGGAGAUAUUAAUGGGCCGAAACUAGAUAUGAAGUCCCCUGAUUUUGACAUCGAUGGACCUUCAGGGAAAUUCAAAAUGCCUAAAAUGAAAUCACCCAAAUUCAGCAUGCCUGGUUUGAAAGGACCAGAUCUUGGUGUUAAAGGAGACUUGAAAGGGCCCGAUUUAAACAUGUCUUCUCCUAACUUUGAUGCAGAUGUUUCUGGUCCUGACCUCGACAUUGACGGACCAAAAGGUAACAUGAGACUUCCAAACAUGCACCUACCAUCAGCUAAAACAAAGACCCCUAAGUUUAAGUUUCCUAGUUUUGGACUCUCUGGACCAAAAGUCAAGGCACCUGAGGGAGAUCUUUCACUUCCUAAAAUUAAAGGACCGAAUGUCACAGCCCCAGAGUUAGAUGUUGAUGUCCCUACUGGCAAAAUCAAAGGCCCAACCUUUAAAGAACCAAAGUUUAAUCUCAAGUCACCUGAUUUUAAAAUCAAUGCUCCAUCAGGGAAGCUAAAAAUGCCAAAUCUCAAAGGUCCCAACAUCAAUGGUGACUUAGACACACCAGACAUAAAUUUAGCUUUCCCAGAAGGAGAUUUGAAAGGACCGAAACUAGAUGUCAAAUCGCCUGAUAUUGACAUUGAUGGACCUUCAGGAGAAUUCAAAGGACCAACCCUUAAAGAACCAAAGUUUAAUCUCAAGUCACCUAAUUUCAAAAUGAAUGCUCCAUCAGGGAAACUGAAAAUGCCAAAUCUUAAAGGUCCUAAGAUUGAGGGAGAUUUAGAUUCACCAGACAUGAAUUUAGCUUUCCCUGAAGGAGAUAUGAAAGGACCAAAACUAGAUAUGAAGUCCCCUAAUUUUGACAUUGAUGGACCUUCAGGAAAAUUCAAAAUGCCUAAAAUGAAAACACCCAAAUUCAGCAUUCCCAGUUUGAAAGGACCAGACCUUGGUGUUAAAGGAGGCUUGAAAGGGCCAGAUUUGAGCAUGUCCUCUCCCAAGUUUGAUGCAGAUGUUUCUGGUCCUGACCUUGAUAUUAAUGGACCCAAUGCCGGUAUGACAUUUCCGGACAUGCACCUACCAUCAGGUAAAGCAAAAACACCCAAGUUUAAAUUGCCUGGUUUUGGACUCUCUGGACCAAAAAUCAAGAAACCUGAGGCAGAUCUUUCACUUCCUAAAAUGAAAGGAGAGCUGAACUCACCAAACCUCAGAGCUCCAGAGUUCGAUGUUGAUGUCCCUACUGGCAAAAUCAAAGGACCAACCUUAAAAGAACCAAAGUUUAGUCUCAAGUCACCUGAUUUCAAAAUCAAUGCUCCAUCAGGGAAAGUGAAAAUGCCAAAUCUCAAAGGUCCCAACAUCAAAGGAGAUUUAGGUUCACCAGACAUGAAUUUGGCUUUACCUGAAGGAGAUAUUAAUGGGCCGAAACUAGAUAUGAAGUCCCCUGAUUUUGACAUCGAUGGACCUUCAGGGAAAUUCAAAAUGCCUAAAAUGAAAACACCCAAAUUCAGCAUCCCUGGUUUGAAAGGACCAGAUCUUGGUGUUAAGGGAGGCUUGAAAGGGCCCGAUUUAAACAUGUCUUCUCCUAACUUUGAUGCAGGGAAUUUAGCUUUCCCUGAAGCCGAUCUAAAAGGUCCAAACCUAGAUGUGAAAUCACCUGGUAUUAACAUGGAUGGACCUUCAGGAAAAAUAAAAAUGCCCAAAGCAAAACCACCCAAAUUUGCAAUUCCUGGUUUUAGGAGACCUUACAUUGAUGCAGAUGUUUCUGUUCCUGACCUUGACAUUGAUGGGCACAAAUCAUCCAAGUUUAAGACGCCUGAUCUUGGAGUCACGGGACCUAAAGUCAAGGCACCUGAGGUGGAUCUUUCACUUCCUAAAAUGAAAGGAGAGCUAAACUCACCAAACCUCAGAGCUCCAGAGUUAGAUGUUGAUAUUCCUACAGGCAAAAUCAAAGGACCAUCACUUAAAGAACCAAAUUUUAAUAUCAAGUCCCCUGAUUUCAACAUCAAUGCUCCAUCUGGGAAAUUGAAAAUGCCAAAUCUUAAAGGCCCCAACAUUAAGGGAGAUUUAGAUUCGCCAGACAUGAAUUUAGCUUUCCCUGAAGGUAAUGUGAAAGGUCUGAAACUAGAUAUGAAGUCCCCUGAUCUUGACAUUGAUGGACCUUCUGAGAAAAUCAAAAUGCCUACAAUAAAAUUACCCAAAUUUGGCACUACUGGUGUUAAAGGAGACUUGAAAGGGCCAGACUUGAGCAUGUCCCCUCCCAACUUUGAUGCAGAUGUUUCUGGUCCUGACCUUGACAUUGAUGGACCCAAAUCGUCCAAGUUUAAGAUGCCUGAUCUUGGAUUCACAGGACCUAAAGUCAAGGCACCUGAGUUGGAUCUUUCACUGCCUAAAAUGAAAGGAGAGCUUAACUCACCAAACCUAAGAAUCCCAAAUUUAGAUAUUGAUGUCCCAAAAGGUAAAAUUAAAGGACCAAGUCUUAGGUCUGAUAUCAAUUCACCUGAAUUCAACAUAGAUGAUUACUCAGGGAACCUGAAAAUGCCAAAUCUCAAAGGUCCAAAGGGAGAUUUAAGUUCACCAGAUAUGAAUCUAGCUUUCCCGGAAGCAGAUGUGAAAGUGCCAAAGCUAGAUGUGAAGUCCCCCUCUAUUGGUUUUGACAGUCCUACAGGAAAACUCAAAAUGCCGAAAGUGAACAUACCAAAGUUUGGCAUUGCAGGUUUGAAAGAACCCGACCUUGAUGUAAAAAGAGACUUUAAAGAGCUGAAUGCGAACAUGUCUUCUCCUAAAUUAGAUCUGGAUAUUACUGGGCCUGACGUUGACAUUGAUGAACCCAGAGCUAAUGUUAAUGGUGUGGCACUUUCAAACAUGCGCUUGCCAUCAGGCAAAACAAAAACAUCCAAGUUUAAUUUGCCCGAUUUGGGGUUUUCAGGACCAAAAGUAAAGGCACCUGAGGUGGAUCUCUCACUUCCAAAAAUGAAAGGAGAGUUAAACUCACCAGAUUUCGCUAUCGAUGUCCCUACAAGUAAAAUUAAAGGACCAACUUUUAAAGAACCAAAGGUUGAUAUCAGGUCACCUGAUUUCAAUGUCAGUGCUCCAUCAGGAAAACUGAACAUGCCUAAAUUCAAAUCCCCCAAAAUUAGGGGAGAUGAAGGUUUCCCAGACACGAAUUGGGAUCUCCCUGAUGGAGAUUUGAAAGGUCCAAAGCUUGAUGUAACCUCCCCAGACAUUGACCUUGAUGGUCCUACAGGAAAAUUCAAUAUGCCCAAAGUCAACACACAAAAAUUUGGCUUACCACAUUUUACCGGACAUGACGGAGACUUCGAUAUGAACUUGGACCAUGAAUUCGAUGUCAGAGCUUCAAAGCUAGAUGUGAAAUCUUCUGCAAUGGCUAAACACAACCUAGAAGGGCCACAUUUGAACUACUCUGCAAUGGAUUCUGAGUUUGGGACUCCUGACUAUGACUUUCAUGGACCAUCAGCUAAUCUUAAAGGACUUGAAACAGACCGUACACGUCCUUCAGGGAAAGUAAACUUGCCUGGCACGUUGCACAGCAGUUUGAAAUUCAAAAAAGGCUUAGAGUCUUUAGUGUCAAGCAUGGAACUUGAAGUCCCAGAUCAAUCCAUGAAGGGGUCAAAGUUUAAAGUGCGAACACUUGUAUGAUGAGAUGAAUUUCAAAAUGAUCGAUUUUAUGUAUUUCUAAAUAAUAUAUAGGGGUUUUAUUCAUUUUCAUGUACAUUUGUAAAAAAUAUAUAUAUAUAUAUAUAUAUCUAUAUAUAUAAACAAAUCACAACUACAUAUAAACCAUAUGGAACGUGUCUAAACUUUCUUGCUUUGUUUUCAUGCUUAGUACCACAAGCACUUUUACAAGUUUGCACAUGUACACUGCGAGUGUGUAGAACUGUGUGGGAUUUAAUUAUGGUUGCAAUGCAUUCGAAUUCAUAUUGAUGUGAAUAUUUUAGACAUAAAUGAUGUUUAAAUGUUCGAAACCUUUGUCAGUGUAAAUAACGAUGUAGGAUUCUUUUGUGCCUCUUUUUAUUGUGUAGGAUGCAUUUGUUGUAUUUGUUCAACUCUGUUUAAAAUUGUUGUCAAAU